UCUGUGUUUAAAACCAGUAUGGCUGAGGCAGAGAAGGACAAUCUGGUUUUCCUGCAGAAGACAGGCUGCAAAGAUGCUGCGUGUUUGAGGCAGCUGAACGUAACCAAGAUCCUUCAAUCCAUCCCUUGGAAAGAAUACCCAGCAUGGGCAGCGGAAGACCUAUUUGACUUGCCACAAAAAGAAAAAUUUGUUGGCCCAUUGCCUGUAGUGGAUGGAUAUGUGGUGCCAUUUCCCCCACUGGAUAUAUGGAAGGAGAAGAAAGAGGGCUACAGUGAUGUACCAUAUGUGAUCGGUACCACCCUGCAAGAAACUGAGUUUGCCCCAUCUUUUGCCAACCUGUCUAAGUGGACUGAAGAAGAUUACCAUUGGUUUGCCAAAUUACAUCUGAACACAUUUGGGGAAAGUCUGGCAGAUGAGGCUCUGAAACUCUAUCCCACCUCAGAGUUCUGCACCCAACCUGAGCGAUGUGUGGAGAAGACCUACAUGACAAUGGUGUCUGAUGUGAGAGCCUCAUGUCCCAACAAUGAGCUGGCCAAACAAGCAGCAGCUGCAUUGUCCAGCCCUGUCUACCGGUAUCAGGUCACCUACACUCCAUCCCGACCAGUUAGAGUCAAUAACCUCUUCCCCUAUGAAAGCUGGUUCUCCUUUCAUAUUCUGGAUAUCCUGGGAUUUUUUGGAACUCUGGAUUACGCGCUUGGAGAGACUACAGAAGCAGAUCAUGAGUUCCAGAGGCUGAUGAGAAAAUACUUCAUUUACUUUGCUAAAGAAGGAAGCAUGCCACCUGAAUGGCCAGAGUACCCCAAUGGGACGGCGCUAUUGUCCACGUCGCUGUCUGUGGAGAAGGACUAUCGCUCAGCUCAGUGUGCACUCUGGGAGAAGUACAACAUGUUUCCAUAUGCCUGGAUAAACUGA